GAGGGGAUUGGAACACCUGAAUCACAUGAUAUGGAGGGGAUUGGAACACCUGAAUCACAUGAUAUGGAGGAAAUUGGGACACCUGAAUCACAUGAUAUGGAGGGGAUUGGGACACCUGAAUCACAUGUUAUGGAGGGGAUUGGGACACCUGAAUCACAUGAUAUGGAGGGGAUGGGAACACCUGAAUCACAUGAUAUGGAGGGGAUUGGGACACCUGAAUCACAUGAUAUGGAGGGGAUUGGGGACACCUGAAUCACAUGAUAUGGAGGGGAUUGGGACACCUGAAUCACAUGAUAUGGAGGGGAUGGGAACACCUGAAUCACAUGAUAUGGAGGGGAUGGGAACACCUGAAUCACAUGAUAUGGAGGGGAUGGGAACACCUGAAUCACAUGAUAUGGAGGGGAUUGGGACACCUUAAUCACAUGAUUGGGAGGGCGGGGACAAUACUUUUGGCAAUAUAGUGUGUGUAUAUA